GUAUUGUAAACAAAUGCUAGCGAUAUGGUUUCACUUGCAGCAACGCAUGCAAGCAUUUAAACCCCGAAAAAUAGCAAUAAAUCGUUCGUCUUGUGAAAAUGCGGCAAAGUUUGAAAUGUUAAUUCCGCAUCAAUUCUGCAUCACACCUGUCCAAUUCAUUACCCGUUGAGUCUAGUGUGAUAACCAUUAAAACAGUGUAGAAGACGUAGAUUUACGACGCGCUACGUUGCGCAAUCCCUUCCAUAGAAGUCUUUAUGCGGCAACAAGAUAUGCUGGUAGCGUCCUUAUGACACUCAAUAUAGAAUUCGAAUGCAGAAUUCAUGCAGAAUCGGCAACGAUUGGCAUGAUUGCUUCUAUCCGCGAAGAAGAGUUUUGCACCAUUUACACGGCACAAAAUCACAUUUCUACUGCAAACUCUGUAAAGGGUGCGAAAAUGCAGCGCUAAUAUCUUAUAUAUGUGAUGACGAAAAUGAAUGAGAAAUUAGACCACGAUGUGACCGGAAGUCACAUUUGAACGUUGAACAUACAUUUUUUGAUUAUAUCAUACUGCAUUGCCAAAAUUAUUUUUUAUGUGUUUUCCUUAAAAUUAACAUCAAAAAAUAAGUAUUUAUUACAAAUGUGUAGUUAAUCAAGAGGUGAACGUUAACGCUUUUCGUGACAUGUUCACUUCUAUACCGCGAGGUGACUCCCGGUCAUACAAUACACAAUCCAUUAUUACAUUAUUUGACACUUUACGUGCAUCACAGUAAGUACGGUUACAUUGUUUUAUGCAAGCGCUGUCAGAUGAGAGACGUAUGUGUAUGAGCAUAAGAAAACAAAUGAUAGAUUCAACUAAUUCAACGUAUGAGAAGCUUAAGUCCAGUUGACAUUCGUUGUGAUAACAAAUUCUAUGUUCAUCUAUCGAUUUUUUUAGCUUUGCGUGUUUUUUGUGACUUAUAAAAAAAAAAGAAAAUUAAAUUGCGGCAUAAGCCCGUUUUAAAGAAAUGGCUAAGCGGCACAGCAUUUUCUUGACUGAGGCAGAAAUUCGUCAUGCUAUGGCUGAACUGAGUGACACUGAUGAUAAUAAGGCUGAAUUGGAAGACAAUCAAAGUGAUUGUUCAGAAAGCGGGGUAAAUGCAGCAGAAAUCAAUUCCGAUGUUGAUGAUGAGCUUUCCCUGAGUAGCGGUGAUGAAUACGUUGCAGAGGAGGAGGAGGAGGCAUGGAAUGGAGAAGCACACCUUAUAGUCAACAACAUUCGGUCCUUCUCAUUAGAGAAGAUAUUCAUACCGUAAGGCUUCCACCAGGCAAGCAUAUUGAUUGCACGCUGGACGCCUUUUCAUUAUUCUUCGAUAAAGAAAUUACCGACAUGAUUGUCAAAUACACCAACAUUGAAGGGCAGAGAGUGGCUGCUGACAAAUGGAAAAGAACGGAUCCGAUCGAAGUACGGGCUUUUAUUGGCCUUGUUAUAAAUGCGGGUCUGAAAAAAGGCGGUAUAAGUAAAAUUGGGGAAUUUUGGGACCCUUUACACGGCAAUCCAUUAUUUAGAGCGUGCAUGUCAAGAAACAGAUUUGCAAAUUUGAGGCGCCACUUGAGAUUCGACGAUAAGAGCACACGAUCAGCUCGCAGGGAUAAGUUUGCGCCAUUUCGAGAUUUUUGGGAAAUAGUCAACCAAAAUUUAUCGAAACACUAUAUACCUGGACCGAUUCUGACGAUCGAUGAACAGUUAGUUCCUUAUCGCGGAAAAGUAUCUUUUUUGCAAUACGUACCAUCAAAACCGGACAAGUACGGUAUUAAAAUAUUUUGGAUAUGCGACAGCAGCAACAGUUAUCCAUUGAAUGGAAUUCCGUAUCUUGGACAGGAAAGACCCAAUCGAGAGCAAAAUAUGGCGCAGAGAUGCGUUGAGGAGCUGUGUACGCCAUUUCAAAGUAGUAACCGCUGUAUCACGUAUGAUAACUUCUUUACGAGCUGCGAACUGGCUCAAAGUUUAUUGAAAAUGGGAUUGACGUCAGUUGGAGCUCUUCGGAAAAAUAAGAAUAGCAUACCGCCCGCAUUUUUACCUCACAGACAUCGAGAAGUGGAGAGUAAUAUAUUUGGCUUCAGGAAAAAUAUUACGUUAGUAAGCUAUGUACCAAAGAAAAAUAAGGCUGUGCUCUUAUUAUCAACAUUACAUCACAACGCAGAAAUCGAUGUGAAUAAUAAAAACAAAUCUACAAUCAACACAUUUUAUAACACAACGAAAGUAGGAGUUAAUCUUUUGGAUCAAAUGGCGCAAUCAUUUACCGCAAGACGUAAAACUAACAGAUGGCCAAAUGUCCUAUUUUAUAAUUUAGUUGACGUGUGUGCAAUAGCUGCAAAAAUCAUCUGACUAAACAUCUAUCCGAAUUGGAAUCAUUCGAAGUCGAAACUACAACGCAAGUUGUUUUUAAAAAGUUUAGUAGAGGACAUGGUAGUGCCACACACACAACGCCGCAGCAUUUGAGUAAGCAUGCUGUCGCAGGCAUAAACGAUGUCCUUGAUCAUACAUCUGCUAGCAUGGACGUUAAGCCACAGACGGAUGAUACGUCAAUUAAGAGCGACAUUCGACGACGCUGUCACAUGUGCCCACCCAAAAAAAGCAGACUGUCGAAGCAGCGUUGCAGUUUAUGUAAAAAAAAUAUAUGUACCGAACAUUCUAGAAAAAUUAUCAUAUGCAGAACUUGCGUUAAUAAAUAAGUUUUUUUUUACCUUUUGAAU